AUGUCCGGCGGAGGAGACGUCCGCGUCCUCCGCCAAGAGGCCGGGCAGGAGAGCCCGAGGAUGCCGGCCUGGAAGCGAGAGAUCCUGGAGAGGAGGAAGGCGAAGGGCGGCGGGUCUGGAGGAGCCGGAGCCGGGGAGACGAGCCCCGGCGGCGGGUCUGGAGGAGCCGGAGCCCCGGAGCCGAGCCCCGGCGGCGGGUCUGGAGGAGCGGGGCCGCAGCGGGUCAACGGAGAGGGGUCGGCGGGCGACGGAGCCCAGAGAGACGGGGGACCGAGCGGCGGGUCCGGGCGGAACUACACCAUCACCACCGCCAGCCAGCACUUCGCCUCCAACAACAAAGAGCCCCGGGAGGAGCCGCCGAGGCCCCGGGAGGAGGAGGAGGAGGAGAGCCUGGUGCUGCAGGAGAGCCUGGGCCCCCUGGAGGAGAACCCCUUCAUCAAGCUGGAGAAGGAGCGGCGGAGGCGGCAGGACCGGGACUCCUCCGCCCGGCCGGUGCAGCACAUCCUGGAGCUGUACGGCAGCGUGCCCGGCAUCCGGACCAUCCGCGCCGACAACAUCAUCAUCAUCGAGUCGGACCCGGACUACUUCCCGGAAGCCGGGGCCCUGAAGCCCGGGUCCAAGUGGCAGCAGAACGGGGUGAGCAGCUACAGCUCCCUGAACGACCUCCUGGACCAGAGAGGGAGCGCGGUGACGGAGAUCCGAGCCAAGGAGGUGGUGAUCUACGACACCACGCUGAGCCGGAGCGAGGAGAACCUGAGCACCCUGGGCCGGCCUGACCUCUUGACCCCGCUGUACCCUGACUCCGGGGAGGGCCCGGGCCGGGUGAGCCGGAUGCUGCAGAAGUUCGACAGCAACUACGGGAAGCUGCAGAAGAAGUCCCGCAGCACGGAGAACCUGCUGGAGCUGGACAGCGGCCGGGGGCCCAGACUCUGGGCCAAGCCGCAGCCGGACCUGGCGCCGAGGCCCGGCAGCCACCCGUCCUCGCCCUGCACCCCCAAACCAAAGCCACAGCCCCCCGCGUCCCCCCAGUCCGUGUCCUCCUUCCGCCAGCGCUUCGAGGACACCGGGGGUCGUGGCGGCGUCGCGGCCUCCAGGGAUGAGCCGGACCGGGGGUCAGCAAAGGUCACCAGAGAGCGAGACUGGGAGGCCGCGGAGGCGUCGCCCCAACCCAAGGUGCCAUGCUCUCCGGAGACCCGCCGUGCCCGUGCCGAGACCCCCUCGAGCCCCUCCGUCUCCUCCAAGGCGGCUCGAUCCACGCCGGACUUCGAGAUCCGGCCCUCCCCGAAGCCGGACCUCGCCCGGAUCCCGGACGGCGACGCCCAGGCCCGGGCGCUGGCCAACCUGCGGCUGCAGUCACGCAACUCCUUCACGGUGAUCCCCAAGCGCCGGCCCGCUGCCUCGGCCGCAGCCAGCAGCCCGGUGACCCCCCCGGGCCCGGUGAGGUCUUCACCCUCUCGCAGGAUGGCCGAGGUGCCAGCCGUGCCAACCUCCAUCGCCAUGACACCCAGUGUGACCCCCCCGAACAGGAAGGAGGAGAAGGAGGUGGUAGACGGCUCCUCCAGGCCGGAACCACCUCCUGCUGCUGCCACAAGUCCUGCGUCUCCUCCACCCUCAGAACCUGUAUCUCCCUCCCCAGCUCCCUCCUCUCCUCCCCCUCUCGUGGAUCAGCUGCCGGUCACGAACAUCGACGACAUCGAGGUGGAGCCGUCGCAGCGCCCCCCCGAGCCCAGCCCCACGGUGCAGAGGAGGAAGGGCAACACCUUCACCGUGGUGCCUAAACACCGGGCGGACUCCCAGGCCCAGCCCGGCUCGCCCGAGCCCCCCCAGGAGGCCUCAGCCGAGGGUCCGCCGGGCUCCACCCCCCCACAGGCCCCCUACGCCCACCUGGGCUCCCUGCUGAAGAAGCGGUACCCGGCGGUGGAGGAGAUCGAGGUCAUCGGCGGGUACCAGGCUCUGGCCAGGUCCUGCCUCUCCAAGACCAGCUCCACGGGCAAGAAGCUCAAGAUCUCGUUCAACGAGUCGAGUCUCCAGAGCACGUACGAGUAUCCAUCAGAGAACACAGCGUGGGACAGUGGGGACGAGGACGAGGACGAGACGCUAGCGGACGAGCAGCCGAGCAUGGUGGGACGCAUCCACAUCCCCCGGCCCAGCUUCACCAACUCGCCCACGCACUCCAACAACAGCAACGAUCUUUCCAGCUACAUCCCCAAGCACUCGGUGGACUUCAGCGCCUGGCAGGAGCACAAGCACGACGACGGCGUUUACCAGGAGGACGCCACUUCCUCUCAGACGCUGAUGACAGAGGAAGUUAUGCUCACGCCAGCGGAUAGCUCCUCCCUCUCUGACUACAGCAGCGAGCCCGCUCUGUACUUCUGACCACACGGACCAAUCGGCUGCUCCGUAGCUUCACAGCAUCACACUGGUUGGUGGGACCCGACAGCAGCGGGAGACGCAGAGGAAGUCACAUCUGGGCCCGGCCCGCCUCCAGCUCCACGUCAUCUCUAAGCACAUCGUCCUGAUCAGAAAGGAAACCUCUUUUUUGCUGACUUCCUGCCACGGUACCGCCACACGCCACACGCCACGGGUUCGACUGCGUAUCGGCGCAGGACAGCGUUUCGCCAGGUGGCUGGUGUCUGAGCUCCACCUUCUUUUUUGACAAAAGCAGCUGGACUGUCUUUCAACCCUCGACCCUGGACAGUUGAUCUGUCGCCCCCCCAUCCCCCUCAUUCUUCGUCCUCAGAAUCACAUGGAGACAGAACCUGUCUCCAGACUCCGCCCACUGGCGUCACAUCUCUCCUGCUUCCUCGUCUGCAUCACACCUUCAACGCUCGCCACAGGGUUUUCUUCUGGGAGACGUUAAUGGGCAAAGGGACCGAAACCCCUUUAAA